AUGCCGUCCCGAGACGAGCAGGUGCCGGAGCUCAACUACCUGCCAACCUACACACAAAGGAGAGCUCCUCCGCCGUCCGGUCCGCCUCCUGCCUACGCUAAUGUCAUCGGCAAGGUCUACCCGUACUCGCUGCGUCCCGUGCUGCUCGUCACGACGUUCUGCACCUUCCUCUACCUGCUUCUCGUCUCCAUCUCCAACUUCAAGGAUGUCGGCAGCUCUGGCAACAAUGCCACCAUGAAGAUCUUUGACAUUCUCACCGGCGCGCUGCUCAUGGCCGUUGCUGUUGUAGAGGUCAUCGGCUUUGUCGGUGCGCUCAAGACCAACCUCAGUCUCGCCACUCUCUACUCCAAGCUCACCGUGCCAGGCUUCGUCUUGGUGAUUGCAUGCGAGGUGAUCAACAUCGCCGGCCACUACAUGUUCAAGACGCGCAUCAUCAGCGACUGCAUCACGCGCAACACGGGCGCUGUCGCUCCCUCCUCCGGCUUCGGCUGGUUCGGCUUCGGCAGCGGAUCCAGCAACACUGUCAUGUCGGCUGCGGACGCCACCAAUUACUGCAACAGCUCGUGGAAGUACGACUCGACGUGGGAGAUCGUCUGGCUCGUCGUCACCAUCGUGCUCGGUAUUCCAUUCGUCAUGUUCAGCUUCGCCUUUGUUCGUCAGUUGCGCGAUCCCAACUCGGUCCGGGUGCGCGAGUCCAACUUUGGCUGGUGGCAGCGACGCAACAAUCAGCAGCCGCCCAGCGCACAGUAUGGGAACCAGUACAACUCGGCGCCGUACGAUCCGCAGUCGCAGUCGCAAGCAUACACCUACCCUCCGGCGCCGUACGGUGCUGGUCCCUACAGCGCUCCCGCCGGUCCCCCGCCUGAGAAUCGCGAUCUGCCAGGCUACUCGCGCGGCGACAUGCAGGGCGACUUUGACGACGACCGCAAAAGUCCAGUAACCAGCCCGACCUACGGUUACAGCGGAGCGCAGGGUCGGCCAAGUACGAGCAGAGACCGCGACCUGAGGCAGAACGAUGCGGCGAAAGACUCGCAGGUGACCAUUAGGCUCGAUGAUGACCCGGACGCCAAGAGAAGGAGCUUUGCCCGCGACUCGCACGACGAUGACACGCCGAGGAUCUGA